GUCUCAGUGUCAGCCGCUCUGCAGCAUGCAUCAGGAAACACACUUGAUCCACACUUUCUGCUCCGCGGGAUGUGAGUUCAGAUAAGCGAUCAGGAUGGUAGCAGAGGCCCAGACUGAUGUGGACAGACCGAAGCGAUGGAGGAGACAACGCCAGACCCCGCUUUUGUGGACGUGGACCAGGGUCUGACCCUGGCGUGCAUCGCAUUCCUCUGUCUGCUGCUGGUGGCAAUGAUCAUCCGCUGUGCCAAAGUCAUCAUGGACCCCUACAGUGCCAUUCCCACCUCCACCUGGGAGGAACAGCACUUGGACGACUAGCAGAUCACAUU